CAGACAACAAGACUCUCAGCAGAAAAGUUGGCCACGCUCUUGAAGUGCUCUCUGGAAAGCAACCAGAUGUACGUGGUGGAAGUUUGGCAGCUUCUUUUCCAAAAAGCUUCUCCAGUACUCAGGCAGGCUCUGGCCUCAUUCUCCGCCAUGGCCCCCACCGCCAUGAGCUCAGCCUAUUCCAAUCCUCUUGAUGCUCUGAGAGAAGUGCUUGCUGAAAACCUUACACAGGAUCAACUGAAGAGUGAAGUAUUUGUUAGAAGUUGGUUCCAGAUGGAUCUCGGUCCAUUCCUGGCCUCCCCGUCAACCAAUUUCCUCUUCUGCCUUGGCACCUACAACUUCAGCUGCCAGACCUACCAAAUUGUCGUCGGAGCAUUCAGCAACCGAAGCCCACUGAUGGACAACGACAGAGAGCGAGCAGUCUUUACUCACUUCAUCCGACCGUUCCUUUCCAGAAAGGAUUUGCCAGAUCCAGGCUGUGUGUCUUCUGCCAAUAGUAGUCAGCUCUGGCUACAGGCCAACCUUGGCAAUUUCUCUCAAUUUGCGAGCGUAGAGGAUUUGAAAGCCCUUUAUCCAAACUUCUCCAGUGCCGACGCCUUGUCCAAACUGUCUCCCUCUCAGGUAGCAGAGAUACUGCUGCGCACAGACAUCUCAAAUGACACAAAAUUUGUCGAUCAAGUCUUUGAGCGACUGCAGGUUGGAAACGCUGUUGAAAACGUGGACACAUUCUUUACCAAACUUACAGAGAAGGAGAAGGUUCCACAGUUUCAAGUUGACGUGAGAGAUCGCAUCAUGAACAAGACCUACGUCAUCAUCGGUCCCGUUUUGUCAGAGUUCCCUGAAAAGGAUCUUUUUGACUGGUUCCAUGUCAAACUGGUCCCGGUUCUCCCAAGUUUCACUCCACAAAUGCUCCAAGGUGUAAUUACCAACAUCAACUGCACAAAAUACCAUGUCAUUGUGAGUGGGAUGGGCAAAGUUGUGUCUGCCAUAGCUCAGAAAAGACAAGAAGAAAUUGGAGCUGUUUUACUGCGGUACCUGAAAAACUCUGCUGCUGUCAUCAACCAGCCAGCUUGCAGGGUAAACAUCAAGACCGAUUCCCAGUGGGUGGAAACAAACCUGGGCCCAUUUUCUCAAUCCGCAACAUAUUCUGAGCUCAAAUUCUUCAACCUCUCUCAGGGAGCACUCGUGAGCGUUCUUUCACCCAAACAGAAGGCUGAGCUUCUAACAGAUCCAGACAGCCGUGCUCUGGAGGAUGCCACCCUUGUAAAGGAGGUGUUGACAAACAUGACACAGUCCGGCAAUGUGGAGCAGCUUGGUCAGUUUUUCCUAGUGUUCACACAGUCCCUCCAGCAGACAAACACAACCUACAUCCAAAAUGUGGCGGUACGAGAGACCAUCUUAAACCUGACUCUGAGCAGCCUUGCUCUUAAAUUUGACGUCUUUCAAGUAGAAGACUACCAGCUGUGGUUCCAAGACUAUUUGAUUCCUGUGAUAGCAAGCAUCCAACCUGACAGCCUGCGGGUGAUACCCAGUAACAUCAGCUGUGAAUCCUACAGAGCGAUAGUCACUGGCCUAAUGGAAAGCCUGAAGAUCCUGCCACUGCACAUUUCAAUGGACGUGAGAUCAAGCCUGGAAUCGCUGCAGGAGGCCUUCCCAGAUUGUGCAAGACUGGAUUCUUUCACGUGCAAAGACACACAUGUUGAUGGUAAGUUUGCUGAGAAUAACCCAUCUAUGAAUUGA